CUCGGACUGUCAAAGCUUCCUGUCUGGUCUCACUCCAUCUCCACAGUUCAGGUGCUUCUCACUUGUCACCCUGCAAAGAUGCUGGAUGAGGCAGUAGGACUUGGUGUAGUGACAGUGCUGGGUGUCUUGGAGCAAGCCUAUUUCUCCUUGCAAGUAAUUUACGCCAGGAGGAAGUACAGUGUCUCUCCGCCCACCACCAGCGGCCCGCCAGAGUUCGAGCGGAUCUUCAGAGCUCAAGCAAACUGUUCGGAGUAUUUCCCCAUCUUCAUCACUGUAAUGUGGACAUCUGGAGUCUUCUUCAGCCAAGGGUUGUCCAGCAUCUGCGGUUUGCUGUAUCUAUAUGGACGCUUGCGUUACUUCUGGGGAUACGCAGAGUCUGCACAGGGACGACUGGCUCCGCUCUACUUCAGUGCCAAGGUUCUGUGGGUUCUGAUCGGGUUCUCGGCUGUGGGUGUUUUCCUCUCAUUCUGCCGGGUUUAUUUGGAUGUGGAUCUGCUGCAGGUGCUCAUCUCUGCCCUGUUCUGAUCCAGAGGAGGAGGAAGUUUUACCUUUUUUUUUUCUAUACCGCUGUUAAAAGAUGCUGUAAAAAUAAACCAAGUCAGAACCAAUUAAUUUCUCCACUAAUGAGUAGUGUUGCACCAAUACCAGUAUCGGGCGGGGCCCCGAUCCAGCACUAAAAUGGUGGUAUCGGUAUCGGCGAGUACCAACAA